AUGUCAACUCCAGCUUCAUCUUCUAGCAAUGUGACCAAAGCAAAACAGGCUCCCACUUUAGCUGAAUAUGAACUGGUUAGAAAGUAUGAUACAGAAAAUCUUAUUGAAUUUUUGAAGGAGCAGAAAGAUUUGCAACUUGAUGAAACUCAUUUCAAAAUCUUAUGCAAUGAGGAGAUCUCUGGCUGUGAUUUUCUCAAGAUGACCAAAGAUGAUUUCUGUAGCUUAGGAAUGACUUUUGAACCAGCAUUGACUCUUGCUGAUUUUGCCAAGGAAAGUUAUGGAACCCUACAACCAGACAGUUUAGAAGCCAUGCAAAAUGAAUACAUUGUAGCAUUACUCCAUUCAGCCCUUCACAUUGUCAGAGGUGAGACGGGAAAAGAAUUAAUUAUGCGUCCCCAGCAUGAAAUUAUUGGUGAUGGAAGUAAGGGCAGAGUUGAUUACACAAUAAAACAUCUUGAGGAUCUUAUCUGCAUCACCGAAGACAAGCAACAUAGAGUCCCAUUGGGCUUUGCUCGGUCCAGGGCAGCAAGCGAUACCGCCCUUUCUAUUGAAUUUACCAAGAAAGCAUUGGAACACUAUUCAAAGGGCGUGAAAGAGGUAUUGGGUGUCAUUGUCGGUUUGUUAAAGGAUAGAGCGUGUGUUGAAAAAUCUCCAGCUACAAAGAGGGCUAGGGAGAGAUAUCGCGCCAAAAUGCUGUAA